GACUGAGGAGUUUUUCACUUUUUGAGUGUUUUCAUUUCUCAACCAUGGUCUCAAAAAUACAUCUAGAAAUUGUCGGCUUAAUUAAAGACCCCAAUUUCCAUGUUGCCAAAAGUAUUGCCGAGGGGCUGAAACAGAAAUUUCCUGACGAAUUUCUGGAUCCAAAAAUUCAACCGCUACUCGAAUUUGAUUGGCACUCAUAUCUGUGCCAAAAGAAAAUGGAGCUGCGUGGUGAAGCGUGGCAGUACUCCAGCGGCCUGAUGUGCUUUCUGAACGGCCUUCUCCUCGGUCAUGAGAAAGAUCUCGCCAGCUGGGCCAAGAAUCAGUGGAGUUUCAUUUUCACUCGGCCGCAGGCUUUCUAUAUGGCUCUCACUGAGGACUACUACGCCAAACACCUCAAGAACACUGGGCAUCAGUUUGUCUUCAUGGACAUUGAGAUAGCAGGAGAGGCAGCUGGGAGGUUACUGUUUGAGCUGUUCUCAGAUGUUUGUCCAAAGACAUCAAAGAACUUUGAGGCUCUGUGCACAGGAGAGCGAGGUCUGUCACAGAGCGGCCUCACACUCUGCUACAAGGGCUCUGUGUUUCAUCGUGUGGUGCCCAACGGCUGGGUGCAAGGAGGAGAUAUUUCUCCAGAGCAAAAAGGUGAUGGAGGGGAGUCAAUCUACGGUCCAACUUUUGAAGAUGAGAGCUUUGCUGUGUCCCACACUAAACGGGGCACUCUGGGAAUGGCCAAUAAGGGUCCCCACAGCAAUGGGUCCCAGUUCUACAUCACCCUGCAGCCAACCCCCUGGAUGGACAGGACCUAUGUUGCCUUUGGUCAAAUGGUUGAGGGUGUCGACGUCCUCAGGAGAUUAGAAGAAGCUCAGACUUGCAAUGAAAGGCCCAAGUAUGAAUGUAAAGUUAAAGAGUGUGGAGUUUUCAAGUUUUAGC